UUAACCUGUGUGUUAAAGGCUUGACGAGACUUCUACUUUUCUUUUCAUGCACUGACAGGAAGUCUUCCCCACUGUCACAUGUGGUUACGGCAGAGAUUACCUUCAAAAUCAAUUAAUCGUGACUGCUCAGCAUAUUGAACACAUUUUCAGCUGAACAGUGAUGCUCUUAUUUUGAAAGACACUGAAGAAAGGCGCUCAUAUUUUGUCACAUGUUAAAGGAAGGUGCUGUGUCAGAUGUCAGAGAUAAAAAUAGACUAAUCUCAGUGUAGAGUUAAAUUUAAGGUGGGCUGACAUGUUUCUGUCUGUGCUUUUAUUUUGCUUCUUUAAUGUCAACAUGUCAGAAAACAAAUUGACUUCAGUGGAUUUUGAGAUUUUUGGGAAUGUGCAGGGUGUUUGCUUCAGAAUGUACACUGAGGAUCAGGGUCGCAGUCUGGGACUCAGUGGCUGGGUGAAGAACACCAGACAGGGGACAGUGAUUGGCCAAAUCCAGGGACCUCCGGACAAAGUCAGAGACAUGAAACUCUGGCUGAAGAACGUUGGCAGUCCGAGCUCUCGAAUCGACCGAGCUGUCUUUUCCAAUGAGAGAGACAUUUCUAAACUAGAGAUCCAUGGCUUCUCCACCCACUACUGAGCACGCUCAGACAUCUCUGAGGUGGUAUCAUCACUGAUGUCGUGCCAAAAAAAUUUACAUAUAUAUAUUUGCUGUCACUAAAAAAGAAUCAAUUAUUCAAGAGAAGAUGUUGAUCAAUGAGUACUGAAGUCAGUAAAACCUCUGCCCAUC